GCGGAUCGGGUGAUCGGCCGGGGAAACUUCCGGAGUCGGAAACUGAAGCCCCUUCCGGGAUCCCCCCUGAACCGUUCUCCGCGGGAAGUUCCGAGCCGGCGGAAUGAAGGGAGGAGGAGCCGCCGCCGCAAAUUGCUGGAGGUCAAAUCUAGGCAACAACAUGGAAUCCCUGGAGGAGACUGGAGGUUCUUCAACGGAGGAAACCGGAAAUUCCUCAACUGAGGAGAACUACUUUGUGAAUUACACUUUCACUGACCGUUCUCAUUCAGGCCGUGUGGCCCAAGGAAUUAUGAAGUUGUGCCUAGAGGAUGAACUCUUUGCUGACGUCACCAUCUCUGUUGAAGGCAAAGAAUUCCAACUGCACCGGCUAGUUCUCUCAGCUCAGAGCUGCUUCUUUCGUUCUAUGUUCACUUCCAACCUGAAGGAGGCACAUAACCGGGUGAUUGAGUUACAAGAUGUUAGUGAGAAUGUCUUUCAGCUCCUGGUGGACUAUAUUUAUCAUGGAACUGUAAAGUUGAGAGCAGAAGACUUGCAGGAGACCUAUGAGGUAGCAGAUAUGUACCAGCUAACUGCCCUCUUUGAGGAGUGCUCCCGUUUCCUAGCUCGAACGGUACAAGUGAGAAACUGUUUGCAGAUUAUGUGGUUGGCUGAUCAGCACAGUGAUGUGGAAUUAUACACAGCUGCUAAGCACUGUGCCAAGUCAUACUUAUCACAACUUCAAGAAACAGAGGAGUUUCUGCACCUUCCUCUCCGUCUCCUAACAGAUAUUGUCUCAGAUGGGGUUCCAUGUUCCCAGAAUCCAACAGCUGCCAUAGAAACUUGGAUUAGCUUCAAUAAAGAAGAGCGUGCAGGUUUUUCAGAGAUACUGCGAUCAAGUUUAAAGGAAAUUGGAGAGAAUGUUCAUAUCUAUCUGAUUGGAAAGGAGUCAUCUCGUACACAUUCUCUUGCUGUCUCUCUGCACUGUGCUGAUGACGACUCCAUCAGCAUUAGCGGUCAGAACAGCUUGUGCCACCAAAUCACUGCAGCCUGCAAGCAUGGCAGUGACCUCUAUGUUGUUGGAGGAUCCAUUCCACGGCGCAUGUGGAAAUGCAACAACACCACGAUAGACUGGGAAUGGUGUGCCCCCCUGCCACGCGACAGGCUCCAACACACACUAGUUUCUGUGCCCAGCAAGGAUGCAAUCUAUUCACUGGGCGGCAAGACACUGCAGGACAUCCUCUCAAAUGCCAUCAUAUACUACAGAGUGAGAGACAAUGUAUGGACAGAAACUAGCCAGCUGGAAGUAGCUGUGUCUGGGGCUGCAGGUGUAAAUCUCAAUGGUGUCAUUUAUUUGUUGGGUGGGGAAGAGAAUGACCUGGACUUCUUUACCAAACCCUCUCGACUUAUCCAGUGCUAUGACACCAACACAGAGAAGUGCCACGUGAAGCCUUACGUGUUACCCUUCGCAGGGUGCAUGCAUGCUGCUGUGCACAAGGACCUGGUGUUCAUAGUAGCCGAGGGGGAUUCGCUGUUGUGCUAUAACCCUCUACUGGAUAGCUUCACCCGGCUCUGCUUGCCAGAUGCCUGGAGUUCAGUACCAUCCCUUUGGAAAAUUGCUAGCUGUAAUGGCAAUAUUUUCAUAUUCCGAGAUCGCUACAAAAAGGGAGACGCCAACACCUUCAAACUCAAUCCAGCCACUUCGGUGGUAACUGUUAGCAGUGGCCUCAAAGUGCUACUUACAAAUUUGCAGUUUGUGUUGGCCUGAGGGAAGAAGAGUUCAGUGCCAGGACAAUGGAGACAUUCCAUAAAACAAGCCAGAGAUGCAUAGGCCUCAUAGCUCUAGCCCCUUAAGACAGAUCACAGGACUUUUAGAGAGCCUCCCACCCCACCCCACCCCACCCUUCCAACUCCUGCUCAGAAGCAGCAACAUCCUAGGUGCAUCCCUGUUCCCACUAGCACUUAAAUGGUGCCGUCUGGGUCCUGUCUGGAUUACUGUUAGCACUGUGGCCCCUGGCUGGUCAACUUCUUGUGUCUCAAAGCUCCACACCUAAGAAGCUUCUUAGGUCUAAACCCUUUACCACCAGCAAGAAACCUAUACAAAAUAGCUGAACUCAUUUAUAAUCUUCAGGAGCUCCUAUGUGGCAGGUUGUCAACAAUUGCAGCAAUCCUUCAAGGUAUAAAAUAGCCCUCAAAGCUGCAACUACCAGACAAGUGAUUUCUUGAGAAGGUUCCCUCCCUUUAUUAGUGCUGCAGACGGCAACUCCUUAGCUAGAGAUACUGAGAGUGAGAAACACUGCAGUUUCCUUGAUUCUACCAGGAACAGAGGAGCCGGCUAUUCCCCACUGUAUUGUCACCUGGCAGGAAAAGCAUCUCUUCCCUUGCUGCCAUUGUGCCAACGCCUGGAUCCCCUUCCCCAAUAUUUAAGUGUCAAACCUACCUGUUGAUACUACAAGCCACCUGGGCUGCAAAUCUCAAUAAAGGCCUCUACUGGAACAACA